AUGCGCCGGUCAGCUUGGCACCUCAAGGAAGCUUCAGUUGCCCUGAUACAGUCAAGAGUGGUGCGACGACCUUGUAGUGCCUUGUCCCCUUGUUGGGAUUCACAAUUACGAGCACUGUUGAAAGCAUUCGACACGCCAUGGACACAGCAUGCUAGGCAACGGCAGAUACCCCAAAGUCACCACCACCACCAUUAUCGUCAUCGUCAUUCCCCCUCCUCGUCUUCUUCUUCUUCUUGUUGCAUUCCUUCUUCUCGCCGACAUUUCUCAGCAGCCGCUUUAUCCACUGAACACAACAGCACCACCAGCAUCACGCGUCAACAAGAUCUACCCAUUGCCAGCGAGUCGAUUUCCGUUUUAAAUUUCAGCGACUAUGUAACCCUUGUUGAUCUGGAGCGUGCGAUUAGUCUACGCAAAGCCGAGAGUGCGUGGUCAUUAUUCAAGACGUUAUCACAGCACAAGUAUAUCCCAUUACCCCUUUGUUCAUCCUUGUAUUCUGUAUUGGCGUAUGCAAAGGCCCUUGCAGGUGGCGAUCAGGUAUCAGGGUAUCGACAACGGCAGAUUGAACGGUUGGUUGAAUAUGUGGAGGAGACAUUCGAGAUUCCACGCACACAAUUCAUGACAGACGCUCAAGUGAUCCCUGUACCACCACACAAAUUACUGCAACGUGCUAUCAAACGACGCAAUUUUCGGGUUGCUUGGUCCAUGUACCUGGAUUUGGAGGAUUUCAAUUCAGUCCCACGCAAUAUGGUUUUUCGUCUCAUGUCUUUGAUCCAACAACAACGCCAAUUGGGUAGCGCUGAAAAGCAAGCACGAUUGGAAGAGAUCGCCUAUCGACAUGCCGGUGUGGUGGAAAACGGACGUACAUUGACAGAGGAGGAAUUGUUGCAAAUUGGCAAAGUCUAUUAUCAUUUGGAGACACGCGACUAUCGUACUGCCAAAGGCUUGAUGAUGAUGCAAUCACGUGAUAUAUCCCCCGGUGCAUUGGCUGAACUGGUAUGGCGAGCCCUUGAAUUCAAUGCCAUUGAAUCUGCACGGCAAUUGGUACAGAGUCGAUGUAAUCAAGACACCACCGCCAAUGAUCCUCUCUUUGAAACGGCGCAUACGAAUUUGAUGGAUGCAAUGAGGAAACGUGGACAAUAUCAUGAAGCGCUUGAAGUAUUUGAAUCAAUGCUCAAAGCGGGUAUUCGACCUGGAUUGGAUGGAUUCAAUGCCGUGAUUCAUAUCUAUGCAGUUCAAGGGAUGUCUGACAAAGCUGAGGAUAUGGUCCGUGCAAUGAGGGAAUUGGAUGUAUCGCCUGAUGAAGCUACUUUUUCACAUUUACUCUUGGCGCAUCGGGAAUCAGGUGAUAAUCGCUCGCUCAUGGAUCAGUAUUAUAUGAUGCAAGAACAAGGAUUUCAACCCAAUGCAUAUCAUUACAGCAUUUUACUCGAGGCAUUUGCAAAACGACAUGAUGCACGGAGCGUGUUGCGAUGGGUGAAAUCCAUGUUGAAGCGUGAGAUUCCAAUCACGGAGGUUCACGUGACAUCCAUUCUCAAGGCAUUUCGUUCACGGCAUAAACGACACUUUAAUAAUCUCGUCAUCAACAUUGCCGAUCAUGCUGCAGCGGCUGGUAUCAAGGCCAAUUCUACCUUAUACACAAUUCUUUUGAUGGUACAAGCGGAUUUAUCGGGAUUGGAUGGUGCACUUCAAGUUCAUCGAGAUAUGCUGGAGCGAUGUGUGGAACCAACAGUGAUCACCUAUACAGUCCUUUUACACUUGUGUGGCAUCUACCAUGCACCCGAGAUGGCAGUGAGGAUAUUCAACUUGAUGAAGCAGAGCGACAGGCAUCUACCUGAUACAGUCACCUACAUUGCAAUGAUGGACGUCUGGUUACGUGCCCAUCAAGAAGACAAGGCCCGUGAUUUGUUACAAGAAUUCCUGAGGGAGAGGAAAAAAGAUACACAGGGUAGAUUAUGGAUUGACAACAAAUUACGUGAAUACAUCACUGCCUUUCAUACUUGA